AUUGGAAAAAAGCCGUCAGCGUUUAGUGGAUAGAGGGAUAUAAUGAGGGCGCUUUCCGAACACAAGCUUUGCGUAGUCCAACCGCCAUGGCAGUGUCCAUGCCCAACACCUUGGAUUCUUGUCCCAUUCAUCGCCUUCUUCCUCAAAUUCGUUCACAGUCCUCGCCCAACCAAAGAGAGAAUGCAAGCCAACAAGAGUUUUCUCUGCCAAUUUCAAGAAGGUCUGCAAUUUUGAUCUCUUCGCUACCUUUCACUCUCGUUUCUGUAUCUCCGUCAAAGGCAAGAGAAAGAAGGAACAAGAGGACCAUUCCUCUCGAGGAUUAUCUCACCAGCCCAAAUGGACUGAAGUACUAUGAUGUUGAGGAGGGAAAGGGCCCUGUGGCAGAGAAGGGUUCCACGGUUCAGGUGCACUUUGAUUGCCUCUAUAGAGGGAUUACAGCUGUGUCGAGUCGAGAAUCUAAACUCUUGGCUGGAAAUCGUGUUAUCGCCCAGCCUUAUGAGUUCAAAGUAGGAGCCCCGCCUGGGAAGGAGCGGAAACGUGAUUUUGUGGACAAUCCAAAUGGUCUGUUUUCAGCACAGGCUGCACCUAAACCCCCACCAGCAAUGUACUCCAUAACUGAAGGGAUGAAAGUUGGGGGAAAGCGAACGGUGAUUGUUCCCCCUGAGGCUGGAUAUGGUCAAAAAGGAAUGAAUGAAAUCCCACCUGGAGCUACUUUUGAAUUGAACAUCGAGCUUUUAGAAGUAGUGCAGCCUGAAAAAGGUGGGACCUGACCUGAUUCGAGAACCAGAUUUUUGAUCCUCCACUGAACAAGAAUUUGAGCAUUCUUUAGGAAGGACGAGGAGGAGCACAACAGCUGGUCUUUGGUAGGGGGAGUUUUUCUAGGAAACCUCGAGUUCUUUAUUUACUUGCUAUUAUUCGCAAUGUAAUCAAAAUGUUAAAUCAUUUGUUUGGCAUCUUAGCUUGACACAUUACGGGCCCUCUAAAAUAUAACAAAAGCCUCCAAUCUUCUUAGUGCCAAAAGCACCAAA